AUGAAACUUCAACAUCUCGCUACCCGAGCCUUGAACGCCGGUGCUGGCGUCAAGAUGCUCCAGUCAAGUCCUGAACAAUGCUGCGCUGCCUUGUUGGAGGAAGCUGGUCUGGGAGACAAGGUCGUCACCAAAGGCCAAACUCUCUGGAGUAACCGCAUAGAUUCUUACUGGUCCGUCAGUGCCGCCUUGGAGCCUGAUUGCAUGGUUUUGCCUACAACUGCCGAAGAUGUCUCCAAGAUCAUGAAGGUCAUUACAAAGAACCAGUGCAAGUUUGGUAUCCGUGGUGGCGGUCAUGGUAACUUUGCACUGUCCAACUCGGUUGAUGAGGGCAUCACUGUUGACUUUGGUUACAUCAAUGGUACGACGUAUGAUGAGGAGAAGAACAUCGUAUCUGUUGGACCUGGUGGUCACUGGCAAGAUGUCUAUGAUACUCUCAUUCCCUAUGGUCUUGCUGUUGCUGGUGGCCGUGCUGGAACAGUUGGUGUCGGUGGCUUUGUCACUGGCGGAGGAAACUCAUUCUACUCUGCAUCUCAUGGAAUGACAUGCGAUACAGUGGCUGGUUGGCAAGUGGUUCUUGCUAACGGUGAAAUUGUCGAGGCCAACGCCAACGAGAAUGCCGAUCUUUGGCAGGCAAUGAAGGGUGGUUCAGGUAACUUAGGCCUUAUCACUCGUAUCGACCUGUAUCCUAUUGAAUUUGCCGAGCGUACAAAACCCGUCAUCUGGGGCGGCAACCUAUUGUACAAGCCCGAGUCAGGUCCUGCUGUGAUCGACGCCCUCAUUGAUUUUACCGCCAAUGUUCCCAAAGACGAGAACUCGAGUAGCAUCGUCUACUGGGCCUAUCUCCCUGCCAUCGCCGGCGGCACCAUCCUCAAUGCCGCUAUCGAGAACACUAAGGGCUUGGUCAAGCCUCCUGCCUUUGACGCCUACUACUCUGUCCCUGAUAUCCAGGCUGACACCACUGUCUCCGAGAGACUGAGCGUAGUUACCAAAGAACUUGGAUCUGGACAACCCCCUCACUUCAGAAACAUCUGGUUCACCAGCUCCUUCAAGCCUAACACUGAGCUACUCCUGUACGUCGUCGACAAGUACAACAAACUCAACCAGGACCUUGAAGCUCUCAUGCCUAGCAGCGAGUCCGGGCUCAACACGCUGUGCAUGUUCCAGCCCAUUACCAAGGCCAUCGCCGACAAGGGUGUAGCCAACGGCGGUAAUGUCAUGGGUCUGGAUUUCUAUACCGCUGAGGGAGAUGGUAUCAUGUUCCUCCUUACCUGGGCUGCCAAGGGUGACAAGACCGAGGAGGACGCCAUGCCUCUGAUCCAAGCGUACAUUGAAGACAUCGAGACUAAAGCAAAGGAGAUGGACGCUUUCUGGGAGUGGAAGUUUAUCAACUACGCUCACCUUACCCAGGAUCCUUUGGCUACUGUUGGUGAGGUGGCUCUUGCUAAGCUUCGUGCUGCUAGCAAGAAAUACGAUCCCGAGGGAGUCUUCCAAAAGCUGCGAGCUUCUGGUGUUAAGAUUCCUUUUUGA